UUUGUUUUGUGUGUAGCAGCUCAGUAUCGGAAUGCUAACUUAGCUGCUAACAAGCUUACACACCCUCCUCGGAGCAGUUACAAGGAAUCAUCGGCGCUUAACCUUAUUAAGUGAUAAAAAAUGGUAACUGGAACCAGUAUGCUUUCUAAAAUAAGCUAGCACAAGCCGAACAAGCCAGAAGUCGUAAAAGCUAAGUGACUUCGUGAAAUACACUUGACAUGGGAGGGCGAAGAUAAGCAAUUACACAGCUUCGGAGUGGAGCCACCCACCCAUGUCUGAACAUAAAGAGGACCCAGGACAGAGCCAGCAGCCAGUAGGGCUCGGAGAAGGAGCCAGUGCCCCAGCCAGGAGCAGAAGGUCGGUGAGCACCGGUACAGACACGAUGGGGGCGAUCAUGGGUCCGGUUUUUCACUGGAUGCAAGAUGUGGCAGCUGUCACUCUCCUCAAGGCCCGCCGGACUCUGUUUCAGGCUGCAAUCUUAUUUUGUGUCCUGGUUCUGCUACUGUGGGUGUCCAUCUUUCUCUAUGGGAGUUUCUAUUACUCUUACAUGCCCACUGUGAGCUUCUCCACUCCUGUGCACUUCUACUACAUCUCUGACUGUGACACCUCAGAGUCGGGACUUUGUUCCUUUCCCAAGGCCAACAUCUCCUUCAUGAAGAAUGACAAGGAUCAGGUGAUGGCUUUCGGUCAGCCUUAUCGCAUAUCUUUGGAGCUAGAGAUGCCGGAGUCUCCUGUAAAUGAACAGCUUGGUAUGUUCAUGGUCAAGAUGUCUUCUUAUACUAAAGGUGGGAAGAAUGUCAAAUCAGUGAGCCGGUCUACAAUGCUGCACUAUCGCUCAAGUCUCCUGCAGACCAUAUCUACUUUACUCUUCUCUCCAUUUCUCCUGACUGGCAUGACUGAGCAGAAGCAGCUCAUUGACGUGGAGCUCUUCUCAGACUACAAGACCAAUGCUUAUGAGCCCACUGUUGGUGCAGUCAUCGAGAUCCAGUCCAAACGUGUGCAGGUGUACUCAGCCCAGCUUCGUAUCCAUGCUUACUUCACUGGUAUCAGAUAUGUCCUGUACAACUUCCCCCUGACGUCUGCAGUGAUCGGUGUGGCCACCAACUUCGCCUUCCUCAGCGUCAUUGUCCUCUUCAGCUACUUGCAGUUCAUAUGGGGUGGGCUCUGGCCUCCGGACCAGGUGAGAGUCAGGGUUAUGAUGGGGGACAGCACUCGUAUCCAGCAGAAGAGAGAAGAGGCCCGAAAGCGCAUGGAGAAGGAAAACUCCCAGAAACAAACUGAUGCUUCUAAAUCAAUUGAAACCAUGACUGCGGCCACUGAAAUCAAGGGAAAUGGCACAGCAAAUGAGCUGCAGUCAAAGGAGCCCUCAGUGAUCCCAGAUGCCCCCGAGCCAGAUUCUAAGGACGAUGAGUCUCAUGACUCUGUGGGGCCUGAAGAAGAGGACAGCCAAGACGGGUUUGAAGGAUGUGAGCUGCCACACCAGGGUGAGACAGUUCUCCGACAGAGACCUGGACCCUGGAUGAGCCUGUGAACUGAUAACUAUAGUUUAUAUAUGCAGCACCGUGUGGCACUAGUCUGCAGCAGAUCUCACUUGUUUUCUCACUGUUUGUGCUAUUCUAGAAACACAUGCAUGAAACAUUAAUGUUUAUCUUGCUUUAGCUAACAAACUACAGUUUACUGUCUUAAAUGCAGAACAGUUUACCUCAUUGUUACUUGACCUCAGCUCUUUUUCUCCCUGCUUUCUGUUUGGUAGCGCUUUGACUGUAUUAUGUGCUUGCCAUUGAGUUUGAAGAUGUCCAUAGCAGGAGAUACUACAUUCCACCUCUGACUUGUCGCACAGUAUCAUCUGCAGGAAUUUGGCAUUACCGUCAGCAUGUGUCAGGGCAGUUGAACACGCCCUCCUAAAGUCAGGUAACCCUGCCUGUGUUAUAUAACAUAGAUGCCUGUGUAGUAGCAUUUUCUGACAUCAUGGUCAGCUCUGACAUACAGCGCUUAACAAAUUUAUUAGACCACCCUAACCCUAACCAAAGUAAGGUUUAUGCCACAGCUGCCCUAUAUUAACAGCAUUGGUAAUUCCCAAAUGAUAUUUUUAAU